GGACAGACCGGGCCCAACUGAUUUAGGUUCCCGUGAGCCCAUGGUCAAAAUACAAACAGGGAACCGAACCAUCCCCUUCAUGGUUGACACAGGAGCCGCCCACUCUGUUUUGCCAGUACCAGUGUCCAAGCCCACCAAGCAAACAAUUAACAUAAUAGGAGCUACAGGCAAAUCACAAAGAGCCCCCUUUUUGCAAUCUGUUGCCUGUCGCCUGGGCGGCCAAGUGGUCCAACACAAGUUUUUGUAUAUACCAGAGUGUCCCAUCCCAUUAUUGGGCCGAGACCUGCUAUCAAAAUUGCAAGCCCAGAUUUCCUUCCAACCGACAGGAGAAGUGACAAUGACUACAGGGCAAGCAGGAGAGUUCUCCUUAGAGGUACCCAUGAGGGAACACUGGCGCUUAAUGAUGAUAAAAGAAGAGGAGGGGAUUAUUCCAGAAGACCUCCUGCAAGAAGUUAAUCCUGGUGUAUGGGCAGAAAGCAACCCACCCGGAAUGGCAAAGAACAUCCCACCUAUAAUAGUCAAGCCCAAGCCAUUCGCCAACCCUGUGGCUGUGAACCAAUAUCCUAUCCCCCGAAGAGCUGCGGAAGGAGUAUGGGUACAUUUGGAACGGUUACUUCGCCAUGGCAUCCUGAGGCAGUGGCAGUUAUCCAUUGUUAUGGACACAAGACUGGACCAGGGGAAGUGGCCAGAGGAAACCGAUUGGCAGACAGAGUAGCCAAGGAAGCAGCCCAAGAACUGGCCCCCGCCUCGGUUAUUGGAGCACUGGUCCCAGAAGAGAUUUUAAGCACCGCUGACAAGCCAGCUUACACGAAGCAGGAAAGGGACACUGCAGACGCUCAGGAGUUGACGUUGUCCAAAGAAGGAUGGUACCUUACCCCUGAUAACAGGAUAUGGAUUCCAGAGUCCCUUUCUCAGCAGGUUACUCAGAGAUACCAUGAUUCAACCCACAUCGGACCAGAUGCUACAACCAAGCAGCUGGAGAAAUGCUUCUAUAUAGCCCACCUCUACCAACUGGCAGCCCAGAUCUCCAGGAAAUGCCUGCUGUGUCAAAAGAAUAAUCCCAGAGCCGGACCACUGGCUCCCCCAGGGAUUCAGCACAGUGGAACUGCACCUAUGGAAGAUCUUGUCGUGGACUUUACUGAAUUACACCGUUGUGGACUGCACCGCUACCUGCUGGUAGCAGUGUGCACCUACACCGGAUGGGUCGAAGCAUGGCCCACAAAGACUGAAAAGGCAUUUGAAGUAACCAGGUGCCUGCUUAGGGAAAUCAUCCCUCGCUAUGGAUUGCCGAGGUCCAUAGGAUCUGACAAUGGACCAGCAUUUGUUCAUGCAGUCCUACAGGGACUGGCAAAAGCGCUCCAGAUCAACUGGAAGCUGCAUAGUGCUUAUAGACCCCAGAGUUCUGGAAAAGUAGAGAGAAUGAACAGGACUCUAAAGAAUCAGCUGUCCAAGCUGACACAGGAAACCGGGUCUAAUUGGGUGACCAUGUUGCCCUUGGCGUUACUCAGGGUCCGCAGUCUCCCGUCAAAACGGACCCACUUGUCACCCUUUGAAGUUAUGUUUGGGAGACCAGUUCCAUAUGUUAGAAUGUUAACUCCAUAUGCUAGCCAAGAUGUGCAAUUGAAUAACUAUGUACAGUCACUCUCCCAAGUUUUCUCUUAUCUUAACAGGUGGACCCAGGCUCACACCCCAUGUGUGUUAACUGAAUCGUUCCAUCAGUUCGAGCCAGGUGACGAAGUGUGGGUGAAAGACUGGCAACGAGCCCCCCUACAGCCCUGCUGGAGGGGACCCUACACUGUGCUACUUUCUACACCUACUGCUGUGAAGGUUGCUGGCAUCACCCCGUGGGUCCACCAUACUCGAGUGAAGAAAGCCAUUUUUGACUGGACAGUAACACCAGAUCCAGAGAACUCCCUUCGGCUGACCAUCUCCAGGCACCCGGUAGACAACCGCCCUGCUGGUGUCACUCCGGAGGCUGAUACCUCUACGCACGGCUGAAGAAUUGGAUGGGAGGGGCGCCCGCGGGCAGCGUCCCCAACGUAAAAACUUGCUCUCC